UACAAUAAUUUAUUAUGUUAACCUACGUAAAAAAAAUGUUCAAUUAUUUUAAAGUGGAGCAAAUUAAAUUUAUAAAUUUUUUUCUUGGUUGUUUUUUGCGCAAAUUCCAUACGCCCGCUCCAAGGAUAUCAAUAAAGAAAUACACAUAAACAUUUUUUUUUUAAAAUAGGGUCCCCAAGAAUGGGAUAACCCAGAGUUACAUAUUAUAUUACAUUAUUCCGGCUCUGGUUAGUCUAUUGUUAAAUUUAAUUUUUUUUUAUAAAUUGGAAUAAUUAUUACAAUUAGUAAUUAGACUAACCCCUGUUACCUAUUUUUAUAAAAUAAAUAAAUCCUCACUAGAUCAUAUAAGCCCAUACCCUAACUGGCCUAACUGGACUAACUGCAGUAUUAACUCUUUAUAAUGAUAUCUCUACGACUCUACCCUUCGUCCAAUAAGUGGCUAGCACUCUUAAUUAAAAUGUCAUACUCGUUCACAAAAACAUAAUAAACCACUUGUAAUAACUGAUUACUGAACUAUUAACUCUCUUACUUCUAAAAUUCCCAAUGAUCAUGUAGCCUGUUUAUAUUACCAAAGAACAAACAUGUUACUGUAAGUCUGUAUAAAAUACUUAAAAUGCAAAUGGUGCCGUAACCUAGUAGGUACCUACUGAUUAGUGAUUACUGAAUAUGCAACCAACCCACGCCCAAUGUCUUAAAUGGAAGGCUCUCACCUGCUAUCCACAAUCAACCCAAAAUCCAAUACCCAUGGAAUAUAACUUACAUUUAUUGUAAGAAAGUUAUUUUUUAUAGAUUGCAUAUAAUAAUAUAAAUAUUAGGUACCUACUCAUACAUUGUUGAUUAAUCUAUAGAAAUGCCGAGCCUUACAGGCUACAGCUUAGCAUUACUAUUUACAUAUAUUUUUUAUCAAUAAUAACUACUUAUUAUCAUUGAAUAUAUUAUUUUUUUACUCAGUGUUCCUUAACAUUUUCUUAUCAGUUCCAUUUUUGUUUGAAAACAUUAAAUUAACGCUCAAGUUGUAAGUACAAGACACAAGUAGACAUUAUUCACCAACCAAGUCGCACGAAGGACAACGAUAUUUAUUUUUCAAUAAAGAAGAUAUUUCUAAUAAUAGUGUAAUAUAAGGCUUUAUAUUUGAGUUAAAAAUUAUUCCGAAUUGUCAAAGCUUCAUUGGGAAAAAUUGGGUUGAUUUAAGCGAGUUAAACAUCGACAAAAACAUCAUUCAUUAUAAUUUUAAAACCAUGCCGAUUGUGAAUGAAAAUAAUUUGGAGUUGGAAAAAGUAUCGUCAAAUUCCGUGAUUAUAAUUCAUCCAGGAUCUCUGUAUUUACGAAUUGGCCGUGCAAGUGAUGUUACUCCAUUUAAAUAUGUCCACGGUCUGGCCAGGGUUAAUUUACUUUCAGAGAUGAUGAAUCGGAGGGACCAAAUAUUACCAAAUUUUCCAUAUAAAAACUCUGACACAUUAGCAGCCAUGGAAGACAGUAGGUUGCAAGCAUCUCAUAUGUUGCAGUCAAGUUUACAGUCAAACGGUGACAGAAGGUAUGCAACACCGCCUCAACAAAUAGCUGCUUACAAUCGAAAUUCUGUACCAAAAUACAAGGAUAAUGUACCUCGGGCACACACAAAUAAGCCGUCUGCAGUUGGUAAUGUCUAUGGAGAAGAAAUUUUCAAUUUAACUCCUGAACUGGAUUAUAAUGUAUUCUUUCCAAUAUUGAAUGGUGAAUUAAACAUUAAUGGCCAAAUUGGAGGUUCAUUAACAGCCGUUUUAGCAGAUCUUGAAGCUAUUUGGACACACUGUAUAAAUAAAUUACUAAACAUUAAGACUUCAGAAUUUCAUAACUACAAAGUCAUUCUAAUUAUACCGGACAUAUUCAACAGAGUUCAUGUAAGAGAAAUGAUGUCUAUGAUAUUGUUGAGUAUGAAGUUUAAAGCUUGUCUUCUUAUACAAGAUCAUGUCGCAGCUACUUAUGGUGCUGGUUUGGGUUAUGCAUGUGUGGUAGAUGUUGGUCACAGGAAAACAUCAGUGAGCUGUGUAGAAGAUGGUAUAUCUCAAAUAAAUACACGAAUUAGAUUACGCUAUGGAGGAGGAAAUAUUACUCAAACAUUUCAUUGGCUACUUAAAAAGUGCAGUUUUCCAUACCAUGAAUGCAGUCCUAUGACUAAUUAUUAUGAUUCUAUCCUACUAAAUCAAUUGAAAGAAGAGUUUUGUCAUUUAAAUUUGGAUAGAUGUGGCGCUGUACAAAAAACAGUUACUGUAAUGAAACCAACAAAACGACAAGUACAAUACACGAUACAGGUAGGUGAUGAAGCAAUGAUAGCUGUUUUAGGCAUGUUCAAUCCAAUGUUGUUAGGUAUCACUGAUAACAAUCAUUACGUAAUUCAAGAAACAUCAAAAUCAUUACCCGAAGAUCCUUAUGAUGAAGAGUUUUUAAGAGAAACUAGUAGACGUGGCACUGGUCGUGAAAUGGAAACUGAAAUACAAAUUGAAAACAGUAUCGUGCAUAACACAGAAGAAGAAAUAUGUGUUGAUCAAAUUGAAACUGCAGGAAAUUAUUUCGACAUUGAAACAGGAAGACCUCAAAGUCUUGAUAAAGUCAUUGUACAAAGUAUUGAACGUUUAAAUUCAGAUGAAAUUAAACGGAAAAUGUAUAGCAGUAUUUUAGUGGUAGGCGGUGGGCUUAAAUUUGAUGGGGCAUGUGCUUGGUUAAAGAGCAAAAUAUCAUUAAAUGCGCAACAAGUUUAUUAUGGAGGGCACAUUGAAAUUAUAAGCUCACCAAAAGAUUUGGACCCACAAAUUGUUACAUGGAAAGGUGCUGCCAUACUUGCUGGUUUAGAAUCGUCUAAUGAACUUUGGAUAAGUGGUAAAGAAUGGUCUUCGUGGAGUAUUAGAAUUUUAAAGGAACGAGCAAUGUUUAAUUGGUAACCUGUCAAUGUUGGUUUUUAUUUUAAAAUUCUAAACAUGGAUUACAAACUUAAAUUUUCUUUUGUAAGAAAUCCAAAAUAUUUUAUGAAAAUAACUUUUCUAGUCAUACACAAACAAUUUUCAUUACUAUUUGAUUAUAUUGAUUUUAAUUAUUGUACUUUCCAAGUUUUAAACAUUUAUUGAAAAUAGAUUUAUAUUGAAAUGUAUUGUUUUGUAAAAAAAGUGAUUAAUAUCCAUUACUGUUAUUGUACAAUUUAUUUUUUAUUUACAAGAAGUGGUAAUAAAGUAUUAAUUACACAUAA